CUCUUCAUCAACCUAUACCAUACUUUGAAUCCCGUUUCCUCAAGUUUUUUCCUCCGAAGCUUCUUCAGACAUCAACAAACUUACCUGCGGACUUGUCUGACAAUCAUUCUACGACCCAUCACCCUUGCCACUGCGACCCUCUGUCGCAAUUGGCAAUUAAACACAUUUGCGGCUCUUCGAUUUCACAAGCCAACCAGAAUUCUCCUAGCCAUGGCUCCCAGAAGAACCCGUGCCAGUGCUGCUGCUGAUCUUCAAGUCGAAAGCGGUGAACAAGCCUCGAGUCCUCAGACAACUCCUGCACCUGCACCAGCCAAGCGCCAGACUCGCAAGAAGGCCCCUGCUAAGUCUCCCGAAAUCAAGGACGAAGACGAUGCCGAAUUCCCGGAGAAGAAAGCUGCUCCUAAGGCUUCGCGAAAGCGCAAGGCUCCUGCUGCCAAGGAAGAAUCUCCAGUCUUUGGCGAUGAAUUGCCGCAUAACCUUGGCUCUCUGCCCACUCCGGAUACUGAUGAUGUUGAUCAAGCUCAGCCAUCGCCUCCCAAGAAGAAGGCCAAGCGUGUAUCAAAGGCCAAGCAGGUCAAGGCUGAUCCUGAGGAAGUUGACCAACUCGCCGAGAAGGCAGCUGAUAUCGCCUCGCCUGAUACAGACGUCAAGUCUGAGGUCAAGUCAGAAGCCGCCUCUCAGGCAGUGAAGACCGAAGGAAAGCCACAGAAGAAGGCUACCAAGGGCAAGAGCUACAAACUCACCCCAGGCGAAACUCCUUACCCUGACUAUGCUCAUCCUACCUCGGAAGAGUGCUACGAAGUUGAGCGUAUCCUCGCCAAGAAGCACGGCAAAGUUACUGCCCCAAAGACGAUCCCCCUGCCCUCACUGGAAGUUACUGGCUGCGGUGAGGUUCCAUCAGUCUUGGACGCCUUGAUCCGCACACGACUCUCUGCUGCAACCACCGGCAAGAACUCAUCCAACGCCUUCAAAGGCCUCGUCAAGACCUUUGGUACCCUCAAGGAGGGCGUCGGUAAGGGCAGCGUGGACUGGAACAAGGUUCGCCUUGCAUCUCAACCAGAAGUCUUCGAGUCCAUCAAGAGUGGUGGUCUGGCCAAUAACAAAAGCAAAGACAUCAAAGCUAUCCUCGACAUGGUUUACGAAGAGAAUCAGGCUCGAUGUGCUGCUCUGAAGAAGGAGAUGGAGAGCAAAGUCUCCGGCCCACCUGGCUCAGAGAACGAGCCUGCGCAGGAGAAGAACACUGAGAUCGAACGUGCCGAGUCCGGUGUGCUCUCCCUCGAUCAUCUUCACUUGCUCUCCAACGAGGAAGCCUUUGACAGAAUGGUCCAAUUCCCUGGUAUCGGACCUAAGACAGCAUCCUGCGUCCUGCUUUUCUGCCUACAACGCCCCUCUUUCGCCGUCGACACUCACGUUUUCCGUCUCUGCCAAUACCUCGGCUGGGUUCCCAAGGAGGUUGAAAAAGGCCAACCUCCCGUCGGUCGCGAAACCACCUUCGCUCACUGCGAAGCUCGCGUCCCGGACGAUCUCAAGUACCCUCUGCAUCAGCUUCUCAUCAAGCAUGGCAAGGAAUGUCCCAGAUGUCGCGCCGCCACCAGCACAGGCAGUGAGCGUUGGGAGGAAGGAUGUCCCAUUGAGCACCUGGUCACCAGACACGGCGCCAAGAAGGGCGAGCUCUCGCCUGCUGGCAAGGCCGCUCCCAAGGCCAAGAAGAGAGCUGCUGCUGCCAAGAAGGGCAAGGGCAAGAAGAAGGUUGACAGCGACAGUGAGGAGGCCGAGAGCAGUGACCUUAGCGAUGUCGAGAGCGAUGACGAUUACGAUGAGUAAAAGCACUGGAGUGCAAACGAUGUCAGCAUGAAACAGUCUUGCUGUGACCGAAUGCCUUUGAUGGGCUGCUUGCUUGAGAGAAGUUGGUUCAUGAUGAACCCAAAGAAUGUCUAUGGGAUGACUUGUUCACAAUUGCUAUCUGGUUUUGAUAUGGGAAAGGGAGUCUUGCUAUCUAUUUGGGAGUAUGCUUGAAAGAAAUGGCUUUUAUGAUAACCAUGCAUGAGAUUAGCUAUCAUGAUAUUACGAUGAAAAGUAUACGAUACCUUACUGCUCCA